AUGCAAAAUGUGUUAGCUUUCGUAAGAAAUUACAAUGAGCAGAGAGAUAAAGAUCACCUUCCCGUGUGGCGAGAUCGUUUAGAGGAAACUUUUGAAAAAUUCCAAAGCAACCGUUUGCAAAUGGAUCUUCUUGAGGAAGAUGCACAAUACCAUGAUGCUACAUCGGUGCAAGGAGCUGACGAAACCGACGGCGAUGGUGAUAUUUUACUCAUAGCUGAAGCUAGUCGCAAGGCGCGUGAUGAAUUUGAGUUAAAUUAUGUCAUGGCGAAAAGUUUUCUUGUAGCAGCGGAACGCAAAGUAAAUCCUACCCCGCCAACCCAGCAACUUGUUAAUCCCUCUACGUCUACGAUCGUUCGCAAUGCUGAGCCAGCCAUUUCUAAAAUAAAGCUUCCUGAAGUUAAACUUCCCACUUUUGAUGGUUCUCUCACUGGGUGGCUUACUUUUCGGGAUACCUUUAAAAGUUUGAUAGAUUCUAACCCUCAACUGUCGGAUAUCGAUAAAUUCUCCUAUCUCGUGGCGUCAUUGUCCAAGGAUGCGAAACGUGUGGUUGAAGCUAUAGAAAUUACAGCAGCUAAUUAUUCUGUAGCCUGGGAAUUAUUGAACAAACGUUUUGACAAUAAGAAGAUGGUGGUGAAAACUUAUCUAGAUUCGCUGUUCGCUGUGGAACCCAUGAAGCGAGAAUGCUAUGAGUCGUUAGCCCGGUUGAUAGACGACUUUGAACGUAACCUUCGAAUGGUCGAAAAAAUGGAGAUCGAUACCAAGGGUUGGAGUGUUUUAUUGGCUCACAUGGUUAUUGCGCGGCUCGAUUCAUCGACACUAAAGCAGUGGGAAAAUUACAACUUAUCGACAAACGCUCCUGAAUAUGAUAAUUUAAUUGCAUUUUUACGCCGUCAUACCACUGUUCUACAGUCUAUCGCACCUGGCAAGGCGCGAGCUAACGAUCUCCCACGGUCAGAACCAAAUCGGUCGCAAAAACCCCGAUACGGAUGUUAG